AAAAAAAAGUUAUUCCCUCCCAAAUCCUAAAAAUCCUACAUUCUUCUCCCAAACCCUCAAUCAGAGCUUGCUUCUCUUUCUCCCAAAUCCACUCCCCCUUCUUCCAACCCUCAAUCAGAGCUUGUUUAUCCUGUGUGAAAGAUUCUUCCCCUAAACCCUAACCCUUUCCCCCAUUAUAUGUAUGAUUCUUAUCCUGUGUGGUUUUUCACUACUGAUUGGAUCCGUGCAGGCUCGCUUCAUAAACAUGCUUCCUUCGAACUCUUGGUCUUCAUCGAUUCUAUUCGAUUCAGUUUCGUUUUUGAGGAAAAUUGAGAGAAAACAAGAGUUUCAAUCAAGUAUACAACAAGAAAACAAAGAAGAAAAUGAUUCGUUACGUGAAUCUCGUCUUCCUUGUGUUCUCAGCAACUUUGAUUUCUUACGGCUUCGCAUUCACCAAUCCAUUUGACGUUACAGCCCUCCAGGAUCUAUACAGGAGCUUAAACAACCCUCAAGGGCUACACGGAUGGAACGGUGGUGAUCCUUGUGAGGAGUAUUGGACAGGAGUAGCUUGUUCUGACUCCUCAGUUAUACAUCUCAAAAUUCAAGGAUUGAACCUUACCGGAUAUCUUGGAUCCUCGCUGUAUAAUCUACAAAAUUUGAAGAUAUUUGAUAUCAGUUCCAACAGCAUAAUGGGUGAAAUACCAUACGAAUUACCUCCAAAUGCCACACAUAUAAACAUGGCUUGCAACUAUUUGAGCCAAAAUAUCCCUCAUUCAUUAUCAAACAUGAAAAAACUAAGACAUCUGAAUUUAAGCCACAAUUUCUUGUAUGGACCAAUUGGCAAUGUGUUCACUGGCUUAGAUAAUCUCAAGGAAAUGUAA